UUUUCGAAAACCAGUUAAGAAAUAUAAAUAAAAUGAAAAAGCGCGUUGCCGCUCUACUCAUUCUAACCUUAGUCAAGGUGUUUGCUACCGAAGCCACUGCUGUCGAUUCUUCCCCUAACGUGGUGCCGUUAACUAUAUAUUUCGAUGCGGGCGAGGAUGUGGUGAAAGGUCUAGAAUUAUUAAGAUUAAAUGAAGGAAAGCAAAGGGAUUUAGAGGAAACACUGCAAAACCAACACAAUGAGAUUAUCAAUUUCAAAGAAACCGCAAGGCAAUUAAAUAAUAAAUUAUUGGAAUUAAAUGAGAAAUUAAAUGAAUUGAAUGGUAAAUCGACACAGAGUGCGCGCAGCAUCAAUGAAUCAAUAGAGAAACGUUUGUUGGAAAUUGAAAAUAAAUUGAAAUCAAUUAAUGUAAUUGUUCCGGAACAAAAUCCCCCCGAAAGACCGACAAGUAUUUUUGAAAUGUUCCUUCGUCCAGCGGAGCGUGCUUGCCAAGAAACACGUAGAGAAAUCCAACGAACUCAACCAAAUGCUACUGCACGUAGCGAAUUUUCAUAUUUAGUGAAAAUUGGUAAACUUGCAAUUGGUGGUUUCAAAUUGACUUGUAUCGGAACAUUGGUGGACAAACGUUAUGUGAUAGCUGCAGCUCAUUGCUUGGAGGAUUCCAAACCGACGAUUGUGCAAUUGGGUAUGAUGAGUGGGAAUAUAUCAAAUACAUGGGAUUAUACAAUAAUGGUUAAUAUUAAGAUUUUUUGUUUUCAGAAAAUCCAAUUGCGUCCAAAAUAUAGUAAUAGAUAUCGUAAUAUUAUUGGUUUAAUUGAAUUGGAGAAUGACGUGAAUUAUUCUACAUUAAUUUAUCCCAUCUGUUUGUACACUGGAGUCCCUAAACCGGAAACUGGUAUAAGAAUACCAAAUCCUAAACGUGAUGGUGAAUUGCAUUGGAUGAAUAUUUUAACUCUACCAGACUCAUUGUGUUUUCAAAAGCAAAAAGAUGAGUUUGUAUUUUGUGCAAGCAUUGCAAAACAAAUUGACACGAAUUGUGGAUCUAUCAAAGGACCUUUGAUUUGGACAAAGAAUGAGUCCCUAAAAGAAUAUCGUCUGAUCGGCUUUCCAGCAGUUUACUCCAACGUGUGUGGUCUCUCAUUCAAUGCUACGGAUAUAACGACACUUUUGGAUUUUAUCGAAAGCAUUGUAUGGGCAACUUGAAGGAAACGCAAAAUCGCGAAAAAGUUUGUACUUCGAAAAAGUAAAAUACCCUUUGUUUUUGUUUUUUAU